AUGCCUCCGCGCCGCCGCCCCUCCUCCGGCUACCACGGUGUCCGGGCGCGGCCGAGCGAACGGUUCGACGCGGAAAUCCGCUCUGGCGAGGAGCGGAUCCGCCUCGGCACGUUCGACACCGCGCACGAGGCGGCGCGGGCGUACGACGCCGUCGCUCGGCGGCUCGGCCGCUCCCGGCGGACGAUGAACUUCCACGACGUCUUCACGCGGGAGCAAGCGGAGAUGCUGGCGCCGCCGCCGCCGAUGAUCAUGCGCGAACAGCAGCGCCGACAUCGGGAGCUGGAGCAGCGCCUCCUCAUCGCCGAGCGCGACGAGGCGCUGCGCCUCGAAUGGGCGCGCCGCUUCCCCGAGGACUCGCAUGCAGGCUUCCCUGAUCUAAGUCAAACUGGUCGCUCCAUGUCUUCAUCUUCUUCAUUAUCAAAGGUUCACAAGAGCUAUCCAUGCACUUUGGCAACAUCAGAGUUGGAAAAUCUCUGGAUUUCUCGCGCCAAAGAUCUCAUCAUUGAUUUGGACGCGCCGCUCGCAACCUCGGUGGGGCGCCCUGUCGGCAAUAAGGCGGCCAAGGUCGUCGCGCUUGAAACAGCAACGGCUGAUAGGGUCCAAGCGUCGAUCGAUAAGUGCCUCGUCGAUGUCUCGUCGACCCUGCUCAUGCGUGACACGGAGAGCGACGAGAGGUGGAAGGUGAUGCUGCUCAAGCAAGAAGAGAAGAUCGUGAUCAGGAAGGAGAGAGUCGCCGUGAAGAAACGGAAAGGGGAUUUCAUGAUCUUGACCGCCGAUACGACAAGAAUGGAUCCCCAAGUAUUGGCAGCGCACAUGUUCUGCCGCGAUAUGAUCUUAAAAUAA